AUGGCUAUGUCCGUUCUGCGAACUUUCACCCGCAAUAUGGCCACGGCUGCCAAAAUUAACAAUGUCGUCGUGAUUGGCGGUGGGCUGAUGGGUUCCGGUAUUGCCCAGGUUGCGGCCGCUACCGGACACAAUGUAACGCUGGUAGAGAUGAACGACACGCUGGUGGAGAAAGCCGUCGGUGGAAUUCGUAAAAGUCUCGAACGGGUUGCCAAGAAGCAGUUCAAGGAUGAUCCGGCCAAGGGACAGCAGUUUGUCGAUGGAACGCUGGCAAAGAUCGCCGGCGCUACCAAGCCCGAAACGGCCGUACAGGGUGCGGAUUUAGUCGUGGAAGCGAUCGUUGAGCGGAUGGACGUGAAGCAUCAGCUGUUUGGCAAGCUGGACGCAGCGGCUCCUGCACACACCAUCUUUGCCAGCAACACUUCCUCGCUGUCGAUUGCGGAAAUUGGUUCGGUAACGAAGCGGCAGGAUCGAUUUGGUGGAUUGCAUUUCUUCAAUCCGGUUCCGGUGAUGAAGCUACUGGAAAUUAUCCGAACGGACCAAACGUCUGACGAAACAUUCGCAGCGUUGCAGGGCUUUGGGCAGCGGUUGGGAAAGGCUUGCAUUACGUGCAAGGAUACGCCCGGGUUCGUGGUGAACCGGCUGCUCGUACCUUACAUGGCCGAAGCGAUCCGGUUGCUUGAGCGUGGCGAUGCUUCGGCACGGGACAUCGAUACGGCGAUGAAACUUGGGGCCGGCUAUCCGAUGGGACCGAUUGAGCUGAUCGAUUACGUAGGGCUGGAUACGACGAACAACAUUCUACAGGGCUGGCACGAAAAGUUCCCGGACAAUCCGCUCUUUGUGCCGAUCAAAACGCUCCAACAGCUCGUCAGCGAGGGUAAGCUGGGCGUUAAAAGUGGCGAAGGAUUCUACUCGUACAAGAAGUGAGCAUUCGUGUGUAUUUUAAGAAA